UGGCAAUACUUGGUGCCCAAGCAUCUGAAGUCGACUUUCUGAAAUGAAAUUUACUCUGAACCACUUUUCCACUCACUUUCUCAAAUGUUUAAGAUUACAGAGUGGCCGAAGGAGUCGGCCAAAUGCGGACCCUUGAAGAGCCUGAGCCCUUGUGAGGAGUUUUGGAAGCCGAUUCAGGAGGAAGCCUGAGGAACAGAAAUCAAACAAAAGCUCUAGGACAUAAAAUUUAAAAUGUCUACUCCUAGACCCUGGGCUGCUCCUAAGACAAGAGAAACUCGGUUGAUGGUCAACACUGAUCAAAGGGAAGAGGUUAGGGGCUCUGCCUUGGAAUCAGCUGCUCAUCCACCCCAAGCCCAGGAGGGAUCUCAGCGGCCCCUUCCCAGGGGUCUUCUUCCUCGGCUCACAGAGUGGGGAGGAAUGCAGGAGCAGCAAGACGCCAUGGAGAGGGGAGUCCAAGGCCAGGACAAGACCAAGAUUACUUGUAAACCAGAAGAGAAGGAUUCCCCAAGUAAAGUAUACCUUCGCCGCUUGCAUCAGAUGUAUUUAUCUUCCCUUGCUAACAUGGACUUCUCCAGGAGACUCCUGGAGAGGAACGGCUGGUUUGCAGAUGUGGACCCAGAGGGCAGAGCUGGAGAUCUGCUGGAUUACAUGCUCGCACGUGGACACGGGCUGUGUGCAGUGCGGCCGGAGCCCAGGGGCAGGAGGACGGGGGACACAGGGCCGCCUGGACAGCCGCCCACAGCACUGCCCCCCCUCCGCUUCCUGAAAGGCGACAGCCCAGCUGGUAAAAUGGAAGAUCCCAGCCUGAAGACCAGAGGACACCGAGCAGCCCAGUGUGACAUGAUUAAGCUUCCAGAACACAAGAAGGGGACACCUGCUCCUCCCAGGAUGACCCCAGUACCUCUGACUCUGGAACAAGCAAUUCAGACUCACCACGUUGUGGAGGCCAGGACAACAAGACGAUAUUGGACCAACUAUGUGGACCAGGAAUGAGACUCACAUCCUAUCUUGAUGGGAAAGACGAAGAAAUGCUGAAACUCUCAGAGAAACAAUUAAAUGGCAGAUUUCCGUUUCUUUGUUCGAAGUUAUGACAGGCAACAACAGCAUCCUCGACUAAAUUAUAGACUCAUUGUAAAUGUGACAUUGUUCAUACGGAAACGCAGAACCAUGAAUGAGAACAGACAGGGGAAAGCGUCAGCAGAACGUGCCUCACCAGAGUCAAGAUAGUGGAAAUUAACAGAUGGAGAAAAUACAUAAGUAUGAUGUAUGUGGUUAAAUUUCAGAAAGAAUUUUUAAGUUAUGGGUAAGCAUUAGGAGAAUCUUAAAAUGAAUCAAAGAUGUUUGAGAGAGGAUGAAAUAGAGCUUUCAGAGUGGAAAAUUAAUAAAUAUGUAAAUUCAUAUUGAGGGGGUUAAAGAAUACAUUAGACAUGCCCAAGGAUAGAAUUAUUGAAAUAU